AUGACUACCACCACCAGGAACCCCGCCAAUCCUCUUCUCUCGAACCAGAAGAGUUCAGAGCUUCAGGCCAUCCUUCACCCUCUCGUCCUUCUCACCAUCUCCGAUUACAUCACACGGCACACACUUCGCCAGCAGGAAGGCCCCAUCGUUGGCGUCUUGUUGGGUCAGCAAAAUGGUCGCGAAAUCACAAUCGAGCAUGCUUUUGAAGCUCAUACCCGCCAAGAGCCCAGUGCACAAGGCGGUUACCUCCUUGAUGGCGACCGGUUCAGCACACGCCUAGAACAGAUGAUCACCGUCCACAAAGAUAGACAACUCGACCUCGUUGGAUGGUACACACUCCUACCAUCUUCAGGCCCUACCCCGACUAUCCUCCCCAUCCAUACUCAGAUUCUCCAAGGCUGGAAUGAGUCAGCCGUGCUGCUUGGCUUCCAUCCGGAGCAGGUCCUCGAUCACUCCGUUGGCGGCAAGCUUCCCCUCACCAUCUACGAAAGCAACUACGAGGUCGACGAUUCCAAAACCGAUAACGAUGGCGAAGAUAAGAAGAUGGAUGAUGGAGAACCUACACUCAAACUCAAGUUCAAAGAGCUGCCCUACUCUGUCGAGACUGGCGAGACCGAGAUGAUCAGCAUGAAUUAUGUGGCUGCUUCAGGAGGAAACGCCGCUGUUGCCGCCCCCAAGGACGACAAGCCUUCUCUGUCUAUUGAGUCGAACGGUAAAGGAAAGCGCCGGCUUGUCGAGAGUCAAGACGAAGAAACCAAAGACUUUGCUCAAGAGGACGAUGAUGCACUUACACCAGAGGAGGACGAGAUGAUUGCCGCUCUGACCGCAAAAGCAAAUGCUAUCAAGAUGCUCCAGUCCCGAAUUCGCCUGCUCACCACAUAUCUCGAGCGUCUCCCUCAUUCUUACAUCAACGGCGAUGCAACUGAUCCCGGUAGUAUGGAAACUGAUUACACAACACCUUCAUCGACCGUUCUGCGUCAAAUCCAGGCUCUUGUCAACCGUCUGGAUCUUGUCAUUCCUUCUGACAAAGCCUCUUUCGAACGAGAAAUGCUUCACGAAGCGAACGAUGUGAACCUAGUGAGACUACUCAACGGCAUUGUGCAGAACCUCGGUCAAGCCCGCGACGUAGGUAAGAAGUUUCACGUCGUUGAGACUGCAAAGGCUAGCCAUCGCCGAGGUGCUGGUGCUGGUGCUAGUGCUGGUACUGGUCCUGGCCAGGAGUUUGCUGACCCGUCAUAUAAUAUUCGCGGGGCUGGUGACAUUCUACUCUAA